UCGGUCUGGGCUCCGGGGCCCGUGUUGGAGAUGCCGGGUGAAUGGCGAUGACAGCCAUAACAGAUCCAUGCCUACCACUCACAGGUUCCAUGGUCCUGCCCAGCUCAUGCCCAACAACAGGACCUUGCCCCGCACAUCUGCUCUGCUCUCAUCUGCUAGUGGGAGAUGGCCUCACACAAUUCGCUGCCUGCUUUCGAUGAGCUACCCCUGCGAUCCGGGGACCCCAAGUUCGCAGCCUGGGGUCUCUGGGGGGACGACGACGAGCUCGGCACCUUGAACCUGCUGACGCCCGACGUUGUCAAGCUCGCCAGCCAGGAGAUCCGUACGGGGCAACGUAUCACCCUCAACCUGCCUCUAGAUGCGUUCGUCCGGCCGAUGAACCCCGUGCGCAAGCCAUGUGACCACCGAAUCAUUGCCAAGGGGCAUGCCAAUGACGAUGAGCUGAACAUCAACACCCAAGGAGCGAGCCACUGGGACGGACUCCGCCACUUCCCGUACCAGACAACCCUGCAGUACUACAACGGCGUCACUCAAGACGACAUCAGCGGACCAUCUGCGAACUCCAAGAUAGGGAUUCAGAACGUAGCCGAGCAUGCCAUCGUCGGCCGUGGCGUAUUAUUGGAUUGGGCCUCAUACGCAACAGAGAAGCGCAUCGCCUACUCACCGUUCGAUAGAUUCGGAAUCCCGUUGGAUCAGCUGCUCGAGGUUGCGGCACUGCAAAAGGUGGAAUUCCGGCCCGGAGACAUAUUGUUCAUUCGUACCGGGUGGUUGGAGAGCUACAGAGGUCUAAGCAUCGAGCAGCGCCGGGCGCUGCCUGACCGAGCUAUAAGGUCCUCCUGCGGCGUCGAGGCAUCUCUCGAGGCGAUCCGGUGGCACUGGGACAACAGGUUUGCUGCCGUUGCCAGCGACACGGUGGCCUAUGAGGCAUGGCCAUCUCCGAAGCCGGCGGGCGUUGCCAUGCACGAAGUCUUCCUCAGCGGCUGGGGCAUGCCCAUCGGGGAGUGCUUCGACCUCGAGGGUCUCGCGGAGACCUGUAAGAAGGAACGCCGAUGGACGUUUUUCUUAUCGAGCGUCCCGCUCAAUGUACCCGGCGGCGUGGCCAGCCCUCCGAAUGCUGUGGCCAUUCUGUAAAUAGACCAGAUAAAGUUCAGGCAGGAUAAAGCUUUUGUUUGGCUAAAUUCAUGGCAGCUUUUAAGGCCGAGUUCA